AUGGAGGAACUAACCAAAGAAGCAGAGGCUAAAUUGCAGAUGUUGCUGUACACUAAUGGAAAAACACGUGGCAUUGUGGAAAAGGGAAACCUAGGAGCGGUCGCGCGACAUCGCGACAAUCUACAAGCAUUAGUAAAAGAAGUAGACGCGCUUAAACUAAAGGUUGAACAGACCAUGUUUAAGGCCGGGAAAAGUGCAAAAGACGUUGGAAGUUGGAGCAGUAGCAUUGAAGAACCGAUCGCCGAAGCUGACGAAGAAGUUUCGCGACUGGAAAAAUGGCUCGUGGAGACGAAUGGAGAGAUCGAACAUCGAAAGCACAAGGACGAAGAGGAAAGGAAAGCCCGUGCUCGUGAAGAGGAGCUUAAAUUCGAAAGAGAGCAAAUGGAGAUGAAGCUAGAAUUCGAACGCCAACUGGAAGAGACCAAGGCAAAACAGCAACCUGUUGAGAAGGCUAAUCAGACUGAACAAAGGACAACAAAGCUACCGAAACUACAGAUCACAAAGUUUAAUGGGACGUAUGAAGCAUGGCUGCCGUUCUGGAACAAAUUUCAAGCUGAAAUUGAUAAAGCAAACCUUGCAUCUGUGACCAAGUUUGCAUACCUAAAAGAGCUGGUAGAUCCAAAGGUUCGAGCGGAGAUAGACGGACUGCCUUUCACAACAGAGGGCUACGAAAGGGCAAAAAACAUCCUCAUCGGCGAAUAUGGGAAAACGAGCGAGAUCGUGAAUGCGUACGUCCAGAACAUCGCGAAUUUGCCUGUCAUUACAGGAACACAACCUGCGCCUAUCCACGAAUUUUACAAGAAGCUCGUGUACAAUGUGCAAUCUUUGGAGACACUGGGCAAAUUGAAAGACGUCACUGGAAAUGCAAGGAGUGUGCUCGACAAACUAAAGGGUGUAAAAGCAGAUCUAGUGAGAGGAAAAAUGGACUGGCAGGACUGGGACUUCCCACAGUUGAUAAAAGCUUUGAAAAGUUGGAAGGAAAUCAACCCCAUUGGGAGCGGCGCGGAUAAUGCGGGGAAGCAAGGUGCUAAAUUCCGCGAUCGCGAGAAAACAUUUCACGCAAACGAAACUACGCCAACACAAAGAGGGUGCGUCUACUGUGACGCAACUGAUCACAGAGCUGUGAAUUGCGACAAGUUUGUGACAGUUGGAGACCGCAGGAAGCAAUUAGGACUGAAACAGCUUUGUUUUAACUGCACAGGAAGUCGACACCGUGCUUCUGAGUGCAAAUGCCGUUCUGGCUGCCAGAUCUGCAGUCGAAGACAUCAUACAUCGAUCUGUGACAAACAUACAUCGCGAGACCAGCUGAUGACCACAACGAGCGCAGAAAGGAAAGGAGUGGUGUAUCCUAUGGUAACAGUUGACGUGAACGGUGUUAGAUGCCGAGCAUUGUUGGAGACAGGAGCCGGAAGUUCCUACGCUUCAUCAACGCUUCUGAACUGUUUACAUUUGCGCCCUAUCCGUCAACAAUUCAAGCGCAUUGAAAUGAUGUUUGGUACUUCAAACAAAGCGAUAGACAUCUAUGGCCUACAAAUUCGAAGCGUUGAUGGUAAAUUCACCUUGGAAGCCGAAGUAAACAAAGUCGACCGCAAAGAGUUGUUGACAUUGGAAAACCCAAAAUGCGCAGAAAUCGUGGCUCAGUUUUCUCAUUUGAGGGGCGUAACCACAAAUGAUAACGACGAGAAAGCGAUGUUGCCUGUUCAUCUGAUCCUUGGAACAAACGAGUACGCUAAGAUCAAAACAGGGGCAAAACCAAGAGUUUGGCGCUCGGGAGAACCAGUAGCAGAAUACACGAAGUUCGGCUGGACGAUCUUGUCACCUGGAACAGAGUUGGAUCUCAGCAACAUGUUGUUAACGCAGACCUCCGCAAUUGAUUACGAAGAAUUGUGCAAGUUAGACGUCUUGGGGUUGAAGGACAAUCCAAGUGGAGACCAGGAAACUUUAGAGAUACAAGGCGAGCUGGAGAGGUACAACGACAUUAUCCAGACUCAACUGAGCCAAGGGAUCGUAGAACACGCUGACGAGGUGGUCAAGGACGGAAAAGAGUUCUACAUUCCUCAUAAAGCAAACAAGUAG